CUUUGGCUGUUGCGCAACUUCACUUCCGUUUUAUCCGAACUUAAUACAUAUGGCCUCGAGUCCCCUGUACAGACCGAGCUAGAACUUCGGUCUCUGUACUUUGAUGAGUGGAGCCAAUGGAGUUCAGCUGAACAACCAACAUAACACUACCGAGACCGAAGCUUUUCGUCUAAGUCAAGGUAGCCAGGAGGCUCCUAGAGUUCACCCAAGAGUUCAUUACCAUCCUGCCCGUAGGGAAUCUACAGCCUACAUUGUUGCAUCAAGUGAUAUGGGAUCAGCAGAGGAUCAAACCAAGUCAAGCAGGAAGCGUAAAUCUGCCGAUAGUUUGACUGCAACUGAAAAGGAUGAGGAGUCAACUUCAGGAAACAAGCUAGCAAAGAAGCAGAAGAAAAAUUGCAAAAAAGUGGGUGCUGAGCAGGCUACAGUUCACAAAGGAACAAAUAGUGCUUCAGUUCCAUCACCUGAAGCCAAGCUAAAGUACUCUGCAGAACAAGUGGCUGAAUUUAAGAAGAGAAAAGUUUAUUUCCAGAAACAGAAGAUGCUACAACCAAAGUUGUUUCUUGUUGAGAAUACUCCCAGAAUGAACGGCAGUCACAUCUCACCCAAUGGAAGUGAUAAAGAAAAGAAUAUAAAUUCACCAAAGACAAAAAUACCAACAAUACGUAAGAGAAAGGAGCCAGUAACACUUACUGAAGUCUUAUAUCUUCUGCAGUAUGGAUUGCUAGGGAAUGCUGCAAGUUUUCAACCAAGCUGGUGCAAGCUAAUUAGGGUUGCCAAGGUUAAGAAGGUUGUUUUCAUCAUCUUGAACGGUGUAACCAGUCGAGUUUACAGGAGAAAGAGACAUUGCUUCCCGAAUAUUGCUUCCAAGUCAUUUUCAGCCAAAGUCAUUCCAGCCCUUAGUUACUUUGCUAUGCUUCAAGAUGUUCUAUCCACCCUGAAAAGCAACACUCGAUUCAGCCUUCACAAACACAGGAUAAUAGCAGCUAUGAAAUAUGAGAAAGCAGUCAAGGAGAAUCAGAUGAAUGAAGAACUGAAACUGAUUGAGGGAAAGGAAGAGAAUGUCAUCGUGAAUGGACAGACUCAACCAGGGAAGACCUAUUACCUGGUCAGUAGGGAAGAGAUGAAGAGCAGGGGAUAUCCCUGCCCGGAUGACCCAGGAUGUGUUCACACCAGUCAUGUAGAGUGUGUCAAUGAUCAGAGCCCAAUUAUAGGCAUCGAUUGUGAAAUGGUGCUUACAUCUGCUGGUUCUGAGUUAGCGAGGGUCUCUGUCACUGAUGAGAAAGGGAAGAUGCUCUACAACUCACUAGUCAAACCAACAAAUCCUGUGAGGGAUUAUCUCACCAAGUAUAGUGGAAUCACAAAGAAGUUGUUGGAUCCAGUUGAGACCCGUCUUGCUGAUGCUCAGAAGGCUGUUAUUGGUGUCUUGCCAGAGGAUGCCAUCUUGGUUGGACAAGGAUUGGAGAAUGAUCUUAGAGCUCUCAAGAUCUAUCAUCCUCAUUGUGUGGAUACUAGUAACAUGUUUACUGCAUCAGGACGGAGAGUCAAGCUGAAACUCUUAGCCAAAGAAUACCUCAAUCGUGACAUUCAGUGCAGUACAGCCGGUCAUGACUCUAUAGAAGAUGCAGUAGCUUCUAUGGAUCUCUUCAAGCUCAAACUAGCUAAGGGAGAUCAGCUUAGGAACUACUACAGAGAGUGCAGUUCAGGACCAGUCUUUGCUGCUAGAGAGAGUAUAUUUGAGCUGGCUGAGGAGCAGGGGAAGAAAGUGACUGCUGUCGACACUAGAUUUACACUCAAGAAAUUCAAGAAGGAACCAGUUAGCUGUGUUGUGUGCUCCAAUGACAAAGAGAUUUGUAAGAAAGCCUGCAGUGCCCUCUCCAGUUCAGAUUUUGUCUGCAUGCAACUCCAUGGUUAUAACAAUCUAACUCAAGGCAACACAGUAGAUGAUGUAGAUAUUGAGACGACACUUUCCCUGAUGGAUGAACGGGUAGGCACAGUACUGGAAGCCCUUCCUCACAACUCCUUACACGUAAUCCUUAUGCCUGGGACUACAGAGAUGAGACACGUCAAGGAUCCCAAGCGAGGGGAUUACAAGAUGAGACACGGGAGAUGUGUCGUUGGUCUCAAGCUAGGGCAAAUCAAGUACCCAGACAAUAGAUAACACUGACUUUCAAGUCUGAUUAGAACUUAAAUGGACUUAACACUUAGACAUUAUCCCUACUGGUAUUUUUUGAAAUUCAAAUAAGUACUGCGGAGACAGAUAAUGUUUGAUAUGAUUUUUCAAACACUUCUACUACUACAGUGUGAAAAUGAACUGUAUUUGAUGACUGAGUUGGCGACAGGCAUUCCAUGAAAAAUGUGGUCUAAAUUCAUGUCGGUUAAAGAUAAAUUCCAGUUUUGGUAACGAU